GAAAGUAAAGUAAAGAAAUGUCAAUAAUUUUUUUUUUUUCGCUUAGCAAACUUGCUAAAUUCAGCUUGUAGCAGAUAAAAUAUCCUACUACUAUAUACUUAUUUUUUAAAACAGUGGGCUGUUAACAUAGAUUUUGUGUAAGAAGCCCACAUACAGUUGGCAAGUACAGUACUUUAUUUACUCAAAACAUAAUCCCAACUCACUACGUUUCAGGUUUUUUUGUUUUGUCCAAAAGAGGCAAAGUCUAAUAACUUCCUCAUAAUCCAUAGAUUCCUUAAAUUUAUACCUUCAACCCCAUUGUUUUUUUUUUUUCUGAAAAAAAAAAAAAAACUUGUCAAUUUGACAAGGUAAAAUUAUUGGUCGGAGAAACAAGAAUUGGGUCAAAUUCAUGGCCGGAGAUUAUGGCCGGUGGUCACCGGUGAAGAGGGAUUUUAAGGCUAUGUUAAAGAAUUUAUCCCAUGAAGAAAUUCUUGAAGUUUUGUCUGAAGGGUUAUGUGCCUACUGCGAAGAGGUUAUAGAAGGUCGUAUAAACAGUCUUAAUCAAAGAAGGUUAGAUGAAAUGGCAUUAGCAAAUGUUAAUAUUGCAGAAAGUUCUGCAGAAUUGUUGCAAGGGGAUUCAUCUGAUGAUGUAAUUUCACCAAAGAGAAAGCUGAAUGUUGAUGCUCAUACACACUCUCCACGAGUUGAGGAAUCAACUUACUCAGGAAGUUCAAAGCGAUUUGUAAGCGUCUUGUCUAAGCCGGUGAACAACAAACAACCAACGUUCGACCACUCAAAUUUUGGCCAAGUUGGCAAUGCAGAUUUAUCGGAGGAUCAUAAAGAGCUAUUUAGGUUUUGCCAAGUUGGCAGGCGAAAGGAUUUUGCUUAUUACGAGAACAUUGAUGGAAAGAAAGUAAAUGUUCUUAAAGGGCUUGAGCUUUACACAAAUGUUUUCAAUCCUGAUGAGCAAAAAGAGAUAGUCGAACUUGUUUAUAAACUUCAAAGAAUGGGACGGAAUCGAGAGCUUAGAGCGCGAACAUAUUCCGAACCAAGAAAGUGGAUGCGAGGAAAGGGCCGCGUGACCAUACAAUUUGGUUGCUGUUAUAAUUAUGCUGUGGAUAAAGAUGGUAAUCCGCCUGGCAUUGUUAGAGAUGAAGUGGCAGAUCCAUUGCCUCCUUUAUUCAAGGAAAUGAUUAAAAGAAUGGUUAGAUGGCAUGUUUUGCCUCCGUCAUGUGUACCGGAUAGCUGUAUCGUGAAUAUUUAUGAGGAGGGUGACUGCAUUCCUCCUCAUAUUGACCAUCACGACUUUGUUCGACCUUUCUGCACAGUGUCUUUCUUGGCAGAAUGUAAGAUACUCUUUGGCACAAACUUAAAGAUUGUUAAUGAAGGAGAGUUCUCUGGUCCCUUUUCCUUACCUCUUCCUCUCGGAUCGGUGCUCAUCCUCAAUGGUAAUGGAGCUGAUGUUGCUAAACAUUGUGUGCCUGGUGUUCCUGCUAAAAGAAUUUCCAUCACUUUCCGUAAGAUGGAUGCCAGCAAAUUACCAUAUCGGUACACUCCUGCCCCCGAGCUUGUAGGAAUCGAGCGUUUUGUUCCUCCAUCACCGAACACCUCAAGGAAUCGGCAGCACUUGAAAGAUGGCAAAAGUGACAAGCGUGAACAUGUUGCAAAAAGUGAGAAUAAGGUCUUCUCCAAUGAAGAUGACUUCCCCCCUCUGGGGAAAUCGACUCCUUCCAAAAGUAAAAGUCGCAGAUAAUUUUCCGUUAUAGCAUUACAUUUGCUGUAUGGUCAAACUACAAGUUGUGCGCGCUCAUUCCCAAAAUCAAUAGGAAAAUUGGAGAUAGAUACAAUAAUUUCCGAAAUCAGAACAAAAGCUAGAGUGUACUUGUAUUUUACGCAAUUUUUUUUUUUUUUUUUUUUUUAAUUAUUGUUAAAAGAUACUAUUUGUUUUAAAAACUCCGCAACCAGGGGAUGAUUUAGUUUAAAGAUAUUUGCAGACCUCUA